AUGGCCAAUUUGAAGCAAUUUAUGGAUCGGGAAUUCCAAUCGAACCGACUACAACUGGAACUUCUGUUCGAUGACACAAAAGAGAACGCAACUGAUGAAGAAACGGAGAGUAGUAAUCGACUCAUUCGGCAGAACUUUGAGCUCGAUUAUGUUCGUGCAUACGGGUUCCUAACCACGAAAAUUCGUGAGCUUAAUGCAGGCUCACAGCACGUUUCCCAAGCCGUAGCAGUAGUUAAUGCGCCAAAUCCACCACAGACACGAAUUAAACUCCCUGAAGUAAAACUUCCAACGUUCGAUGGAUCCAUUUCGGAAUGGAUCACAUUCAGAGAUACUUAUCAAUCUCUAAUUGAUUCUAAUGCGCAGUUAUCGCAAAUAGACAAAUUUUCUUACCUUGUUGCAUCGUUAACCAAGGAUGCACGAAAGGUUAUUGAAGCGAUCGAGCUUACCGACGCAAAUUAUGCCGUUGCGUGGCAGUUGUUGGAGAAGCGUUUCAACAACAAAAAGUUAGUAGUAAAAUCAUACAUCGAUUCGCUUUUCGCAAUCGAACCAAUGAAGAGGGAAUGCUACGAGUCCCUUAUGCGCUUGAUCGACGAUUUCGAGCGCAACCUAUGCCUAAUCAACAAAGUGGGCAUCGAAACAGAUGGUUGGAGUGUGCUUCUAUUCCACAUGGUCUGCAGUCGACUUGAUUCAUCCACCUUGCGGCACUGGGAAGCUCACCACAAGUCCACUGAGGUUCCAAAGUAUCGGGAUCUCAUCGAUUUUCUACGCACUCAUUUAAUGGUUCUACAGUCAUUGACACCUUCGAAGUCUCGCUUAUCUGAUUCGCACAAAUCGGAAUCCUAUCGGCCGUCGAAAUUCUCGAAAGUUAAUACAGUCCACACUAUCACUAAUUCGACAACUGGUUCCUGUCCGUUCUGUUCGAAGGCUCCACACUCACCAUUCAAAUGCGACGUGUUCCUGAAAAUGGCUGUCAACGUUACGAACAAGUGA